AUGGUGUCUGCUGGGCUUCAGUUACUGGGCACCGCCCUGGCCAUCAUAGGAUGGAUCGGUGUCAUUGUGGUCUGUGCUAUUCCCAUGUGGAAAGUCACAGCUUUCAUUGGUAGUAACAUCAUCACGGCACAGACUUCAUGGGAGGGAAUCUGGAUGAACUGCGUUGUGCAGAGCACCGGACAGAUGCAGUGUAAAGUCUACGACUCCAUGCUGGCCCUUUCCUCAGACCUUCAGGCUGCCCGUGCCCUCACCAUCAUUUCCAUCGUGAUUGGGAUCCUGGGCAUCAUGCUGGCCAUGGCUGGAGGCAAAUGCACCAAUUGCGUUGAAGACGAGAGUGCCAAAUCUAAGGUCGGUAUCACUGCUGGUGUGAUUUUCAUCAUUGCUGGAGUGCUGUGUCUGAUCCCAGUGUGA